AAUCGAAAUAUGACUUAAAAGUAAAUAAAUAUUUUCUGUUAUAAUGUCUAAAGAAAGCAGUAAUUCAAGAGAUUCAAAGAGUCGGGAAAAGCCUAAAAGUUCAAUAAACCAGAAUUUAGAUAAACAAAAACGUCUGUCAAAUAGGAUUAAAAGUUCGGAUAAUAACAAAUCAGUUGAAUUACCCGCUAGUGAUAGAGAUUUACUCAACCAAAAAGGUUAUACAAUCGGUAAACAGCUAAAUAGCGGCACAUUUUCUAAGGUAUGCAAAGCCAAUAAAGACAAGAAACCGAUGGCCGUAAAGAUCAUAGACUUGACUAACACAUCCACUGAUUAUAAGAAUAAAUUUCUUCCUCGAGAGUUAUACGUAACUAAGAAAUUGUCGCAUCCAUUCAUUAUUCAAGUUUACGACAUCUAUUACAUCGCUAAGAGAGUCUAUGUGUUCAUGGAAUUGGCAGAAGGAGGAGAUAUUCUUGAUUUGGUUAAGAAGGGGGGUAUCAUUGAAACUAAGGCUAAAUCACUAUAUAAAGGAUUGGCCGAAGCCAUGAAAUAUAUUCACACUUUGGGUAUCGCUCACAGAGAUAUCAAAACUGAAAAUUGUUUGUUAAUCGAUAAAAUGAAAUCUGUGGCCAAAAUAUGUGAUUUCGGGUUUUCUCGGGCCUGCUUUGACCACAACACCGGCGAAAGACAACUCAGCGAAACAUAUUGUGGAAGUGUUGCCUACGCGGCGCCCGAAAUAUUAAAAGUCAGACCUUAUAAUCCAAUGAUCAGCGAUGUCUGGUCUAUGGGUGUCGUACUCUUCGUUAUGACCAACAGAAGAAUGCCAUUUAAUGACGAAAAUCCAAAGUUAAUGCUUAGUUCACAAUUGGAAAAGAAAUAUCUAUUGAGUGAUUCGCUUUCAGAUGAUUGUAAAGAACUGAUCCGAAGACAUCUCGACCCCAAUACUGCCACCAGAAUUACAAUGAAGGAUGUGGUGAAUCACAAUUGGUUUAAACAAUAAUUUAUUU